AUGGCUUCCGGUUCGGCGCCCUCUACUAUCCCGCGUCAGCGCAUCCGCGAUCUGUUACCAACUCUGCAUCUUGGUCGCUACCAGCCCGGCCCAAAGAACAGUCUGACAGAUAUUCCCGGUGUACUCGUGCACACUGAGUCCAUCCAUUCAUCUCCUGCUUAUCCCGAUGUCCCACCGAACGACAUCAACACUGGCGUGACGACCAUCAUUCCGCGCAAGGACUGGUUUCACAAAGCUUGUUUCGCAGGCAUGUUCCGCUUCAACGGCUCUGGGGAAAUGACUGGAGCGCAUCUGAUCGAAGAGAUGGGCCUUCUUUUCUCCCCAAUCAUCAUCACGGGGAGCUUUGGCGUUGGCUCAGCGUACAACGGCAUCUACGAAUAUGCGAUCCGUGAGAACUGCGACAAGAAUGGAAAGGUCGAUUGGUUCCUAUUGCCUGUCGUCGCGGAGACCUUUGAUGGUUUCCUGCACGAUGUGUCCAAAUUUGCUGUGACACCGAAGCAUGUCGUAGAUGGCAUCGACAAAGCAAGCAGCGACCCUGUGAAAGAGGGAAACACGGGCGGUGGAACGGGUAUGAUUUGCCAUUACUUCAAGGGUGGCACUGGAUCCAGCUCUCGUGUAGUGCCUGGUGAGGAUGGCAAGAGUUAUGCAGUCGCGGCUCUGGUCCAAGCGAAUUACGGCAAGAUGUGGGAUCUCAAGAUCGGAGGUGCGCCGAUUGGGAGACUCAUCUAUGAAGAGCAGAAGCGAAAGAUUGAGGAGAACCCUGACGAUCCAGAACUACUGGCACAAGCGAACCUACUGUUCAAGGUGAAGAAGGAGAAGGACAAGAAAGAUGGAUCCAUCAUAAUCAUCCUGGCCACGGACGCGCCGCUUCACCCGCAACAACUGCAAAGGCUCGCCAAACGCGCGACUGUCGGAUUGUCUCGCGUAGGUGGCUACGGCACGAACUCUUCCGGCGAUGUCUUCCUCGCGUUCUCUACCGCCAACGAGUUGAACGUGCAGACAGUCACAGCGGGGCAAGCAUCUGUCGAUCCGUACAAGGCGAGAGAGGUAUCGGUGACCAUGACCGACGAUCAGACAAUCAAUGCCUUAUUUGAGGCGAGCGCUGACGCAGUCGAAGAAGCAAUAUACAAUGUCCUGUGUAUGGCGGAGACAAUGGACGGUAACGGAAACAAGAUUGAAGCGCUGAACCUGGAGCGCGUGAAAGAGCUGAUGCAAAAGUACCUGUAG